AUGAGGUCCUCAGGAGGAAUGCAAAUUAUUACCCUCGUCGCUUUUUUCGUUCUCAUUUGGCACAGCAUUGUGCUGGAAGCUGCUAUCUUGAAGCCGUCCAUCGAGGAAUGCCUGAAGAACCUGCCACCAUUCAGAUCUCUUUCUCUGGACGUGAAUCAAUUGGUGGUCCUCAUCCCCCUCGCCGAGGAGAGCUGCCAGUGUGUCGGACGGACGGGAGGUGCCAUCACGGAAAUUUUCGCGACAAUAUUCACAGAAAAGCUCGGAAUCAAACUGCCGGAAUGCCUCCUGAAAGCAGUGAAGGAUUCCGAUUCGGAGAUCGGUGGAACUUUCUCUUUUUUCGAGAAUAUGAUCUCCUCGCUAGUAUCGGAGGUUACGAACGACAUCAUUUUCGGUAAAGACGAGUCCAGAGGCUCUCACGAUACGGGUUCGCUGUAG